AUGCAUGUUCUUAAUCUUACUCCUAUUGUUGCUUUGAACUGUGAAGUUCUUGACAAGAUUUGGUUUGGAAAGAAUGUCAAUGGCGAAGCCAGCGUCCGGCCAGGUAGGGCAGCUGCCCAGGCUCCGCCCGACCAUGCUUCACCAUCUCGCGAUGGAGAUCUUCUAUCUAUGGCCAUCUUCCAACACACCAUACCUCUUCGUUGCCUAUGGUACUUAUCUUCGUUGCCUAUGUCAGCUUUGGUGUCCGUGGAUCCGACAGUGUCAUGGCCCGGAAAAAACCUUGAGGUGCAUCUUUACAAGACAAGCUUUGGUGCAUGUGCUGCAUUCCUUGCAAAUUACGACACCUCGUCGUGGGCAAAAGUUCCAUUUGGAAAUGGCCAGUAUGACCUCCCACCCUGGUCUAUCAGUAUUCUUCCUGACUGCAAAACUGAGGUUUUCAACACUGCAAAGGUAGGGCAGCUGCCCAGGCUCCACCCGACCAUGCUUCACCAUCUCGCGAUGGAGAUCUUCUAUCUAUGGCCAUAUUCCGACACACCAUACCGUUGUGGUGUUGAAUUUGUUGUUUCGUGCUAUGUCCACCAAGUGUUCGCUUUGGUGUCCGUGGAUCCGACAGUGUCAUGGCCCGGAAAAAACCUUGAGGUGCAUCUUUACAAGACAAGCUUUGGUGCAUGUGCUGCAUUCCUUGCAAAUUACGACACCUCGUCGUGGGCAAAAGUUCCAUUUGGAAAUGGCCAGUAUGACCUCCCACCCUGGUCUAUCAGUAUUCUUCCUGACUGCAAAACUGAGGUUUUCAACACUGCAAAGGUUGGUGCUCCGAGGUUCCAUAGAAAGAUGACUCCUGUAAACAGCGCGUUUAAUUGGCAGUCGUAUAAUGAACAACCUUCCGCCUCCGGUGGAGAAAGUUCGAUCACAACAGCUGCACUUUUGGAGCAGGUCGGUGUCACUCGCGAUUCGUCAGAUUAUUUGUGGUACAUGACAGAUGUCAACAUUAGUCCUAACGAAGCUUUCUUAAAGAAUGGCCAAUAUCCUGUUCUUACAGCAAUGUCGGCCGGCCACGUUCUGCAUGUUUUUGUUAACGGUCAACUUUUAGGAACUGCAUACGGAGGAUUGGAUAAUCCUAAAUUAACAUUUAGCAGUGGUGUGAAGCUAUGGGCUGGCAAUAACAAGAUUUCUCUACUUAGUGUUGCAGUCGGUCUCUCGAAUGUUGGCUUACAUUACAAAACAUGGAAUGUUGGAGUGUUAGGCCCGGUAACGUUAAAGGGUCUAAAUGAGGGGGCAAGAGACUUGUCUAAACAAAAAUGGUCUUACAAGACUGGACUGAAAGGUGAAUCUUUGAACCUUCAUACCGCAACUGGAAGUUCCGCGGUAAAAUGGUCACAAGGAUCAUUUUUGUCUAAAAAGCAGUCUCUCACAUGGUACAAGACAACUUUCAGCGCGCCCGCUGGAAACGAUCCGUUGGCUCUAGAUAUGAGUAGCAUGGGAAAGGGUGAAAUAUGGGUAAACGGUAAGAGCAUUGGUCGCGAUUGGCCCGGAUAUAUAGCACGUGGUAAUUGUGGCAGUUGUAAUUAUGCCGGAACAUUUACCGAUAGUAAAUGCCGAACAAAUUGCGGACAACCAACUCAAAAAUGGUAUCAUUUUCCUCGCUCGUGGCUAAACUCAGGCGGGAACUUCUUGGUUGUGUUGGAAGAAUGGGGAGGUGACCCUACCGGAAUUUCAUUGGUGAAAAGAACAUAA